GGUGAGAAAUGCCAGAUUGAUCGGUUCUUGAUUUUCCCUUGUCGCCGUCUUAUUUUCCACAUAAAAUCUCAACAAAAGAAAAGUUUUUCUUAAAUUUAUUUUCGUUGUGAUUACACUUUCAUUAUCUUGAAAUCUAUUAUCGCGAAAAUGCCGAAUUGAUAAUUUCGGGAUGUGAAUGCAGAAAAUUGUUGCGUAAGGAGUUUUUCGUCGGAAGCAGAAAACUUUUGCCCGUCAACCCCCAGAAAGGACCUUCUCGUACAGGUCUCUUGUUGACUUAGCAUCGCUUUGUACGGCUCCCGCUGCAAUCGAUAUAACCAAGUUGAGGAAAGUGUUUUCUAAUGUUUUAGUGUAAAAAGCGUCCUUUGAGUUGUAGAGAAAAAGUUAAUCAUGCGGACAGUGUCGAUAUAUCAUGCUUGACUCAGAAAACUCCUUAGUGUAUUCAUAUGUAAAUAAUAAAUUUAGGAGAUAUCCCAAGGUUCGAAACAUAUCAAAUUCAUUCUUCCAUUUUAUAAAAAGAGAUUGAAACUUUUCAAACGAAAAGGAAGUUGUGCUUCCAAAACUAACGAAAUCCACCGAAAAAAAACUGAGGAGAGAAGAAAAAUCGAUAGAUCCGUAUAUAAUCCAAGCCCCAGGCGACAAGAACGAACAGCUGAGGCGACAAAAUGUCCUUCCUAAAUCAAGUCCGAUCAAUGCAGUUGCCACCAGUCAAAAAUGUGCUGAACGUGGCAAUGCAAACGGCUCGCCAACAAAUGCCCGGAAAACCAAAUAAGGGCGAGUAUGAGCAGCCGGCUGGCAACUUGGGUGGCGGAGCACCACCCAUUCCACCCCGCCCCCAAAACGUUCGAUUCGCUGAUACUGAUGAGUCACACUGCGAAACACACGAGCUGAAUCCUUUCCGAAAUCCAAAUGGAUACAUGCAACAGGAUGGCGACAAUCAAGGCGCUGGUGAAAUGGCUCACACUUCGUUCAUCGGAAAUGAAUAUGAUCAAGGAUAUCAGAGAUCUGGGGGUUACAGGCAAGGCAGCUUUGCAUCAUCUGAAAGUUCAUUCGCUUGUGCUGGUGAAGGAGGUCAUUCAGAUAUUAAAAUCGAUGAAAUGCAAGCCGCUUGGAAUGUGACGAACGCCAUUCAAGGAAUGUUCAUCGUCUCGCUACCAUUUGCAGUACUUCGAGGUGGCUACUGGGCCAUCAUUGCUAUGGUAGGUAUCGCGCACAUUUGCUGCUACACUGGAAAAGUCCUGGUCCAAUGUUUAUACGAACCAGAUCCAAACACCGGUGAACUAGUGCGAGUUCGCGACAGCUACGUGGCUAUCGCCAAAGUUUGCUUCGGGCCGAAAUAUGGAGCAAGAGCGGUAAGCAUCGCCCAAAUUAUUGAGCUGCUCAUGACCUGCAUUUUGUACGUGGUCGUAUGCGGAGAUCUUCUGGCCGGAACAUGGCCCGAAGGUGCACUAGAUACAAGAUCGUGGAUGAUGAUGACCGGGAUAUUCUUGUUACCCUUAGCAUUUCUCAAAUCGUUACAAAUGGUGUCCUUGUUAUCAUUCUGGUGCACUAUGUCCCAUUUGGUCAUCAACGCCGUGAUUAUAGGAUAUUGCUUGCUAGAAAUAGGCGAUUGGGGUUGGUCCAAAGUCAAAUGGAGCAUAGACAUGGCUAACUUCCCAAUAUCAUUAGGAGUUAUCGUUUUCUCCUAUACCUCACAAAUAUUCCUGCCCACACUGGAAGGCAAUAUGGAGGAUAGAUCCAAGUUCAACUGGAUGUUGGAUUGGUCCCAUAUUGCGGCAGCAGCUUUCAAAUCCCUGUUCGGCUAUAUUUGCUUCCUGACUUUUCAAAACGAUACUCAGCAAGUCAUCACAAACAAUUUACACUCUCAAGGGUUCAAAGGAUUGGUAAACUUCUUCCUUGUAGUGAAAGCAAUUCUUAGUUAUCCUCUUCCAUACUAUGCUGCUUGCGAGCUUCUGGAACGAGCAUUCUUUCGAGGUCCACCGAAAACCAAGUUUACAACGAUUUGGCAUUUGGAUGGGGAAUUGAAAGUGUGGGGUUUGGGAUUUCGGGUUGGGGUUAUUGUAGGAACAAUCAUGAUGGCUGUUUUUAUUCCACACUUCUCAAUUCUGAUGGGCUUCAUUGGGAGCUUCACAGGAACAAUGUUGAGCUUCAUUUGGCCAUGCUAUUUCCAUUUGAAAAUUAAAGGACACACUUUGGAUCAGAAGCAAAUCGCAUACGACUAUUUCAUAAUAUUUUUAGGUGUUCUGUUUGGGGUUAUUGGAAUUUAUGAUUCAGGGAGUGCUUUGAUAGAGGCAUUUGAAAUUGGUCUUCCAUUUUAAAUAGUAGGAUAAGAAUUUGUUGAGUUUUUUGAUUAUUUUUCAUUGUUGGUGUGGAAAAGAAUUUAUAUUAGUGUCUUUUUUAUUUAAUUCUGAAGUACAUAAUUGAUUUUAUGUAAAAUGAAAAUCUCCUGUUUGAGACAUUGAGACUAUACUUGUUGGUAUCACUUCAUAGCGCUGUUUUUGGCCUUAUCUAAUAUGGAUCUUCGGUCCAUCAUUUAUUGCCAAUUUUUAACUUAUGUUAACACUUUAGAUCGCACAGAUUAAAAAACUUUAUUCAGCCUGUUUCUCUUCAUAUUUCUCAGAUAUUACUGUUUUUAAAAUUUGUUCCCAAAUAUGUCAACUUUCAAUUCAAACAAACUACUCGUCCACCACCACUGAUGGUGGUUAACAGGUAACCGUCAACGUUUCAAGAAUUCCGAAUAGCUGGAAAAGUGACCUGUGGAAAAAAUUUAAAUGUAGAAAUUAUUCUACACGCACUACGGUUCCAUUUUGUCAAUGCUUGUGCUGCAUCCCAAUUCGGUAGACCAAACUAUUUAAACUCCUUUCUUGAAUGACUGAUGAAGUCAUCACCAGGUUGGUCGUUGCUCGUUGACUAUACUUGUUCCACUGGUUGGGUCAACUAAGGACGGCUGCUCAUUUCGAAUUAAAUGAUUUCUUAUCCAAUAACCUAAACUACUUCUGUUAUUUUCGAAUAGUAGAGGAGGUAGAAGAAGGAUGGUGUCAUGUGGUAUAAGUAGUACGGUUUUCCUUAGCGACUGCAGUAUGAACAUUUUAACGAGACGUGUUCACAUCAUUCCCUAUACCUACGGAAGACACAUACUGCUGCAUUUCCUGCUAGGUUCACAAUCAUUAUAUGCAUCUACUCCAGAGUGGGUAUGCCGAAACACAUACGGUCGUUAGGAGGUACUAUUUCGUUUUUCAACGAUGGGGAGAAGUCAUCUGUGAUGGUUAUCCACAACAGGCUUGUAUCAAUUGUUGGAAAUAGAUAUGGCGUAAGUCACCCAUCAUAUUUCCUUUUUUUCUACUUGGUAAGGAAUAUACUACGCCUCCAAGGUUUUCGCGAAUAAGGCCGCCAAUUUUAAACGCCAUUCAAAACCUGGAUCAUUAUUGUCGUUUGCUUUUCGCCGUUUUCAAGCAAAAGCAAAGGUGGCUAUUUUUUCGGUACUAUAUCCUCUUCACACAACCCUUUGAAACAAUUUUUAUUACCCCUCCAAAUGAUUUCUCUGGUUAAACACUACUGGAUCUUUCUGUGAAUCGCUGAUGGAGUCACCUUGCUGAAAGCACCUAUUUUGCAGUACUGCAUUUUCACAGAUCUAUUGAGAAUUCGGUUGCCUGUUGGGAAGCACGAGCUUUUGGAUCAAAGCAGCAUCACAUGCUUUCCUAACUCAAUGGGUAAUUUAAGCAAUAAUUUCUCCUUCAUAGCAGAGAUAUUAAGCCAUAUGUCAACCACAAGGACUUCUGAGAAAAUGUCUAUCUUAAAGCUGUUCGUAGCCUAACUGGGCAACUGGCUUAAUAUAUUGUAAGCAAGCUUUUUAGCCGCCAACUCACUUCUGAUCUAAGGUUAUUUUGUGAUAACUGUGGAUGUAGUGCGCCACAGGUUAAGCGACUUUCUUCGCUAAUACAGCACUUGCGUUUGUCAUAUUUUCUACAAACUACAGGCCGCUUCCUCAGAUAGGAUGGAUCGUGCAGGACACGUUUCCUGACAUACGUCACUUGAAUAAGGCCAAGAUUUUUCAGGAUGUAUCCUUGUGUGUCUAUUACAAAAGUACUCAACCUCCCCUCAUUUUCAGCGGAUGGUGUGCUAGGUGGAAUCAAACCAUUUUUAACCAUUACAAACUGGACAUCAGAGUGUUCCUUGACCUCAUUUUCAUCGAACACCUACAAUACUGCCUAUCCUGUUUUGUCUACCAUUUGAUCCCUACAUAAUUAUGGUUAAGUUCGAUAAUUGCAGUUCCACCAACAUUUUUCUGACCUCACAGUGAUUGAGUAUAGAGUUUGAAUUCUAUCUCACCUCCGACAUUCCGAAAACCAAAGACAUCUAUACCAUCAUUUCGCUGCUACCUAUUUCCUAAGCGGACAUACAAUUCAAUCUAUUUUUAUUCUCCCAACCCCCACUAGUUUGUGUGCAGCCUUCUUCGAUAGAGAAGAGAAUUCAAGCUGAUCGGAUUCUUGUAAUCCGAUUGCUCUUGCCCUCGAUGAUGGAUUCUAACAUUAUAGCUUUUAUAUUUACCUCUCGCCCAACGAUUUUUCCAUUUAACUUAAGAACUUGUUCCCGAUAAUAUUCUCGAACUUUCCAUAUUUCAACUUGAGAUUUUUGCCGAGAUUAACGGUCGGAGGAAGUCGGCGCAUGUUUCCUUUCAUCGUUUAGAGAUGAUGAUUACUUUUAGUCAGAUCCUCCUUUCGUCUUUUUUUCUUGGGUACCUACCUCUAAGCAUGUCCUACCUUUGAAAUUCACAACCAAUCCCCCCCCCCCUUUCGUUUCUUCAGAGAAGUUUGACCGAUUGACUCGUUCAACGUUCUCAUAAUCCUUUGACACAUUUUCUCUGUUACGAUUUGGUGAUUUUACGGAUGGUGAACACUUUUCUUCUCAUUGAGCAUCUUUAUUUAAUCACGAAGUAGGAGGAAAGUUGCUAACGCUUGCCCACUUUGCCCAUCGUCCAAGUUAUUAGGCAUGAGAAGUAGGUCCUACCGGCUUCCUUCAACUACCCUCUUGCUGCUCUGAACCGUACUUUGAACAAUGGGUUAUGGUGGCUGCGGAACAUGGAGUUAUUUUUGAACACUUCUACUAUUGGAUGUCAGAGUAGCUAAGUGACGUACUGAUGAAGCUCUGCAAUCAUUUAUCGACGCCCGGGAGUUCGGUUGCUCCAAUCGUAAAAAAGCAUCUCGUCUCUUGUAAUAAUUCCAUCGACAGAUCGUUAAAUUCAGUGUUAGUUCGUUAGGCGCAUUUAAGGGUGUAAUGCGGUAUAGAAUCGACUGCGAAAUACUCCUUGCAGCAAUGACCUAAAACCUUUAGCUCUCCAUUCUUCUGUAGUUCGGCAUAUGCAACACUCAUACGACGCGAUAUUCUAUACGAUUUCUUUUCUUCUAUUGGAUUACAUACUUCGAUUUUUGCCUUUACCCUCCUCACUCCUUCGCCUUAACUUGCUACUGAAUAGGCAUUUGGGAAUUCUUCUACCAUCUAUUCAAAUUGCAUGACCUACCUACUGCAGUUUUCGUAUGUUGAUAGAGGUCACAGCUACUAAUACUUUAUGAAUUCAUUACCUUGUCAAGUUUGUCAGGUUCUCAUUGUCACUCACUCCAUCUUCCCCAUUUUGUCUUGUUGCUGGUUUUAUAGAUUUACCACGUUACUCUGAUGAGUGCAAUCAUUAAAUUCUGAAAGUGUUUUGAACAGUACUGAACGAUGCUUGUCAGUCCUUUAAUGGAGUUCAUGAGGUUUCUUAGUAAAUACUACUUAAGUCAAUUGCGAAGGCCAUUAUCCAUUAAUUUAACAAUUUUAUUUCGCUUUCGGAUUCCGGAGAAACUCCAGACCCGGGGUGCAAAUUAUAUAUCCAAUUUCGUUAAAUUUCUAUCCCCCAGCCCGAUCCCGAUCGCGGAAAUAUGAGUCAUACUAGUCUGCCAUGAUUGUCGGGUUGAGACAUUCUUCGUUUAAGGCAUUCCUCGUUUAAGAGCUCAUUCUUUAGAAUAUCUUCCAACGACAACCCUCAUUUCCGUAUUUCAAACUUCCAGAUCGCAAAUUAUCUUAAAGAAUUUCUAUUUCUAUUCCCCUUCCUGGCGGAGUUGCCAUGAUUCGAUUUCAGUUCGUCCUUUCGAUGGAGUUACUCGAUUUUUUGCACGGGAACACGAAUGAACGCAGAUUUAUAUUUUGUAAAAUUAACAAGUGCUUGCCAUUAAUCACAAAGUUGUUCACAUGUGAAUGAUCUUAUCGCUUAUUACCCGCUUUUUGUCCUGAAGGCAUUUCAGGUGUUUUAUUUUAAGAAUGCAAGUGGCGAGAGGUAGACCUGACGAGAGGGUGAGUGAAAGGAGAUGGUUACCCCGAGGGAGUUUAAUACUAUUAGACUGAUUGUUCAACUUCAGGAAGGCGUAUGAUUAUCACCCCGGGGCCCAGACAUGCUUUUGAAAUAAAGGAUUAAUAGGUGAGCCCACAUGUCCCACUUAGUAUGGGCAAAAGGUCCUAUUAUGGUCAUUACUUGCUUCUACAGCUGAAAAGAGGAUACAUUUAUUUUAACUGCGAAGUCUGCUUUCAUAAGACAGCAGGAUGUAGUAAAUGAUGGAUCGACUUUCGAGCCUUGUUGGUGAAGCGGGUAAAAUCAUCUCAAAGUUGGUUUUUGUAUAAGGAUUUUAACUGAAGAUUGGGGACUUCCAAGUUUCGGUUUAGUUGUUCAGUUAGGGAUCCACAUUUGAUGAUGACUACCAAAUUCCGCCUAUUAUCAGUUGUUUUAACUAACUAUUGGGGUGUUGUCGAUGACGACUUCCACCAAAUCGUCAUCCGUUCUGACUAAAAGUACAGCGCCGGUGUUCUAGUGUUAUAUCUGAUGAACUUGAUAUUAUGUCUGUUUUUGAAGUGAAUCUUUGAAAUGCAGUAGAAAUCUGCUUCCGGAGAAUCAAUCAACACUUUGGUGUACAAAACACCAGGCCUUGUAGCCGCCUAAAAGUUCCUGGUGCCGUGUUUCUGUCAAAUGGCUGUAUGACGCGAUAGGUUUCAGAGAAAGCCGGUCACUAAAAGGUCAAGAGAUUUUACAAGGGUUGGACAUAAUGUUUCUUGAAGAGACGAAACGAUCUACUUGGCUGAUUGAUGAUAUGGACGUCGAUGUGCGCAGCUACGUGUUGCGCAUACCUUCCUUGUUUGAUGUGCCAAUAACGAUCUAUACUCUUCAAGUUCUUAGAACACAAUUGAGAUGCAUGAUGUGUGGCAAAUGAAUUCCCACUGAUUGUCUUAUCCACGACACCUAUAACGUCUAGAGCAGUCUAUGGUCUGUGCGUUGUUUUUGGCCAAUAAAAAUUUGAUUUUUGGGUUGCUAGUUAUACCUCCUGGAUAGAAUCUUCUUGGUCUUGUUAUAUGACAAACUAAACUUUUUCGAGGAAUCCUCGGAAUGCUUCUGUUCUUUACAUUGAGCAAAUGUUCAAAGAUUGAAAAGAGUGUUCCACUUUUCCUUGACGAAGUCAUCACUUCAAUUUUAUUAAUCCAAACUGAGGAUCUUUUUCUGCUUCUUGAAUAAGGUAACCGAACCUGAGGGAUUUUAGUGAAUGCUCGGUGCGAAAAAUAAAGCAUUGGAACACUAUGUGCAUGAGAUAAUAGUACUUUUCGUGUGAUUGUGAUUGUCCUUUCCUAUUUGCUGAAAUUGUAUAAAAACAACGCACAAGCUGUAAUUUUGAUGUCAGCCCAUUCUAAGGCAGGCAAGUAUCCAAUAUGUUGGAAUGCAGGCUGAUGGGCUGUGCUCAGAUUAACAAUGUGUUUAACCAACUUUACCUCUCUCUCUGUCGAUGCUAUUAUUCUUAUGACUACAUAUAGUUUCCCUUAUUAAUUUGUAAUUUUCCUGUGCUCCAGAUCGAUUUUGAUCCUCCAACUUCUGGAGAAGUUUUCCUCAAUCGUUUCUGUCUGCCCAUAUUGGCAAAUUCCAAUACAUUUCCCGUCUUAUUUUUUGCAAAUUUGAUAAAUGAUUGAUAUAAAUUCUUAUUCCACCGAUCACAUAUUGAGUUAUGAGAAAAUGUUAUAGAAUUAUUGUAAGAAUACAUAAAGAAUGAUAUUUAAUCCAGGAUAAAAAUCCAAUUUGAAUGAGAUAAUGCGCGCAAGUGCGAAGUAUAAUCUUAAGAAAAUAUUCUACAUUAAAUAACGCGAAGAGUGUGACAAUAAUGCAUAAAAUAUCAAACAAGUCUUCCAGAAACAAAUGUAACAAUGAAAACUGUUCAAUUUUAUUUACAUAUUAAUCAUCCGAAGAAUAUAAGGAAUAUACAUAAAUUACAAUUGAUAAUAAUAUAAAAACUUAGGUGUAAGGAUAAGAAGAGAGGAGAAGCCAAAAGAAAGCAAUUCAUAAUCAAUGUCUUCCAGUUCAAUUAAACAAAGAGAACAGAAACGUUCAGGCUACAAACACUAUGACAAUAAAGCAACAAUUCUACGAAAAUUACCUUAUUGUAAGUCGUAAGAAAGGCGGAGAAAGUGCAGUAAAUAUUAGCGAAAGAGGUUUUAAGACAAAGUAAGUCACCAGAUUCCGUAGUUAGUGACCUAAUUUAUAUACACAGCAGAGUAAAUUGUCGACCGUGUAAUAUACAUGAGAAUGUGACUAUCAAGCGAGCAUUAUCCUUUAAGAGAAUUACGAUAAAAAGUCUUCCAACAAAUGUGAAAUAUGUCUUCCAAGGAAAUAUACAAUUAUUCGUAUAUUUAACAAACUAAUUGAUAGUGUAAUAAAAAAUGAUAGUUCGAACAUAUAUUGUUACUAUGGAAAUAAAAUGAAUAUUUACUGAGAUUCUCGUAGCUUAUACACUAAAAUUACUAUUAACUAUGAUAUUCAAGACGCAGAAACUGAUAUUAAUGCUAAAUUUAGACGUUAAUUAUUAAACUAUUUACUAUUGUAUGCGUUCCGAUUACUUAGAACUCUGACGUUCUUUGUUCGUUUUAUGGACUAUUAACACAAUUGUAUUGGAGAGGACAUCUUAUGCGUUGAAGAGUCGUUAAUUUGAUUUUGUUUAAACAUUUUAUUCAUAAAAAUUCUAAUUAAAAGUGUGUUACAUAUCGAUGUAUUUAAAACCAAACCAGAAAAUUUUCAAUGUGGAAUAACAAGCUAUUUGAAUGCGUAAAUACAAUACACAAUUUGUUUUAUUAUCUAAUUUCCCCUUCAGCUUGAGAAAGAAAAGAAUUUCAAUCUGUAGACUUGGGGUACGAGGUGGG